UGGGGGUCAUGGCGGGGCUGAGCACGGGGACCAGGGAUGCGGCAGAGUCUGUCAUCGACCCCGACAUGGUGGCCUUGUUCGAGGAGUUCCUGGGGAAAGAAGAGGUGGUGGAGGAGACGAUGCACUCGGCGGGGUUGCAGCCCACGGCACAGCCCUACCACUACUUGGUGCGGGACACGGAGCAGAAGGGACUCUGCCUGCACAACGGGCGCCUGGUGGGGGCCCCCCAGCCUGCGGGGUGCCAACGCUGUCCAGGAAGAACCCAUCAGCGUGGUGCCCAACAAGCACUUGGAGCGUCGGCGUUGUCCCCUCAUCGUGGGCAUCCGUGGUGGCACCCAGGCCCUCUCCUGUGGCACUGGCCCCGAGCCCCAGCUGAAGCUGGAGGAGGUGGGGCUGCUGGACCUGUUCUUGCGGGGGGCCGAGGCCACCCCCUACACCUUCUACAAGACCUUUGGUGGUUCCACGCACACUUUCGAGGCGGCCGCCUUCCCCGGGUUCUUCCUCAGCACCGCCCCGGGGCCGGGGGAGGCGCUGACCCUGGCCGCCCCCCACGCCAUCACCGCCUUCUACCUGCGCCGCAAGUGA